CCCCCCCGUGCAUCGUUCAGUGUGUUGUCAGGAGAAGAAAGGCACGUGCGGGAGGCAUGUGGCGCCUGGUUCGCUGCAGGACGGUUGUCGAAGUCGGCUUACCAAAAUGACUGAAUUUGGAGAGGGCAACAAGCCAACUUCCUACAAAAGAAUAGUUCUCAAGAACGCUUCUGAAUACCACUAUCUAAAGAUCCAUUUGGAGUUUCAGGAAGCUGACUUUAGCCUAAAUGCUGUUGAAUUCAAACAACUUAUCAUCUCUGCUCUGAAACGGCUGCAUGGUGAGGUUGGUGCAGCUUUGCUUGUUGAUGUGCUGACAUAUGAGGAAGAAACAUUGUCUGCAGUACUCAGAGUACCUAAUGUUGGCCUUGCAAAGCUGUGGAGUGCUCUGACGCUGUUUGGUUCAUAUCAGAACAGAAAGUGUGCUUUUAGAGUGAUACAGACUUCUCCGUUUCUUCUUGCGUUAGCUGGGAACAGCAGAGAACUGGUGCUGGAUUAAAUAAACC